CAACAAGGGGUCGUCACAACUGUGACUGCCCCCACCACCAUCACUACUCCACUAUGAAUGCGCAUGUGCGGCAGCUAGUGACGACCACACUGCCAAUGCUCACUGACUGCGCGCUUGAGAGUGAUGCAUCCAAGUCUCCUGCACUAGUCUGCCAGCGUUCCAUCGGCACCUAACUCGGGGAAUCGUAUCCACUACCAAUCGAACAACGACGUUGGUUGCAUCAUGACAAUCGAGCAGCGGACGAUGGUGCAAGCACACGUAACUUUUAAGCUUCUCUUGGUGCUAGCUGGGUGCGUUUUGCAAGUGCAAGCUGCUUACGGUCCCAGUGGCUGGGCUACAGCGACGGCGACGUUCUACGGGGGUGCGGAUGCGGGAGGAACUAUGGGAGGUGCAUGCGGGUAUGGUAAUUUGUACAGCACUGGUUACGGAGCUUCUACAACCGCCCUGAGUGCGCCACUUUUCAACGGUGGUUCUGCUUGUGGAGCGUGUUACCAACUCCAAUGCGCUAGAAGCAACCAUUGUUACGCAGGGAGAUCGAUUACAGUCACGGCAACUAACUUUUGUCCUACCGGGUCGGAAGGAGGGUGGUGCAAUCCUCCCAGGAAGCAUUUCGACCUGUCCAUGCCGAUGUUCACCACUCUUGCCAGGCAGGUUGCAGGAGUCGUUCCCGUAGACUACAGAAGGGUAGCCUGCAACAAGAAGGGAGGUCAGAGGUUCCUUAUGACCGGAAACCCCUACUUCAUAAUGGUUCUAGUCUACAACGUCGCUGGCGCUGGUGAUGUCCAAAGGUUUUUCGUCAAGGGCUCCAUGACGGGGUGGUACGAGUUGAGAAGAAACUGGGGACAGAUCUGGACGUGCACUGCGGACAGCAGACUGAAAGGACAAGCCCUCUCUUUCCGCACACAAACCAGCGAUGGUCGGCAAGUGGUUUCUAUCGACGCAGCUCCUGCAAACUGGAACUUCGGUCAGACUUUCAGCAGUGGUGUUAAUUAGUGACUUUCACUCUCCAUUCCCCACAGCAGUGGUUGUAGUUUUUGCCGUGAUCUCUGUUUUGUAUGUUUCGCAAGAGCAUGUGUUGUGCUUCGAGCAAUGGCUUGGAAUUCGCACAUCAGUUCCACUACUUCAGCCACUCUUGUACAACGCCUACUUGAAUGGCGAAGCUUUAGCAUCAGGUAUGACGUAGUUGCCAUAAGUGACGAGUCACAACUAUAGGAAGAGAUAUGUUACACCCGCUCCGUGCGCAGAUCCUCCCGCGCGGAGUGCGAGUUCAAGAUUGAAGAGGUGUAUGCAGUGCUUGAAGUAUGGGUCACCCGCUCUUAUCUUCUAUAUUGUAUCGUCCCUCCAAAGUGGCUUCAUCCCUGCGGCCAGAAAGUGAAGUUUUUUUCGGUGUUCUUUGUUGAAUCGGAUCCUCCUGUAUAUUGCGGGAGCACUACUGCAAUGUAAAACACUACAUUUGUACAUCGUGAUGUGAAUCCAUUACUCUAAUAAAUGGAUCUAUUGCAAUA